UGACAGGUAAGUCACCGAAGUAAGUGCUAAGGUGUUUUUAUUGUGUUGGUUGUGUAACGAGGUUCGAAAGACGAAAUUUGGGGCAGUGAUAGCAGAAAAUGGCUGGUUGCUUUGAAAAUGUGCAGCUUCCUCCUUGCGUGUGGUUUGAAGGCGACGACAAACGGAAUGCCGUGGCGUCUAUUAUAGCUGGUUUGCUGUUCUUUGCUGGCUGGUGGUUCAUUAUUGAUGUGGCUGCUGCAUAUCCUGACAACGCUCAGUUCAACAAGGCAUACCAUGUCUGUGGUGUUUUUGGGACUAUUUCAUUAUUCAUGAUAAACUCUGUAUCAAAUGCUCUCGUACGUGGAGAUGGCUACUCAGGAGGUUGCUUUGGUCCAAGAGGAGCACGCGCCUGGCUCUUCCUUGGCUUUGUUAUGGGAUUCGGUGCUGUCAUUGCCUCUUGCUGGAUCCUGUUUGCAGAAUACGUCACCAAUAAAAGCCAAGAAAGGUCAUAUCCAGGUGUUGGUCUUUUUCUACAGAAUGCAUUUAUUUUCAUCGGCUCCCUUGUAUUUAAGUUUGGUAGAGUCGAAGACCACUGGAACUGAACUGCGUACUGUGAUAUAUAAAACUAGAGGUUUACUAGACAUUUUUAAAGUUGCCGCUUUUAUAUGCUGUUAGAUAUGUGGUUUAAAGAAAUUUUCACAGAGACUGGAGGAUUUAUCUCCUUGAUGUACAGCACUGGAAAAUUGUAUCAUCAUCACAUCAUUCGGCUCUGAGUAUUGUCUGUGGCAGAUUGCAGAAGCAGCAUGGAAGCAGUAACCUGUUGUCUGAACAUGGAAGUGUGUGUCUAAAACCAAGCACUUGUUUGUGUAAUUUUUCAUCUGUUAGUUUUUAUAUAUAUAUAAAUAUUUCAAUUAUGAAAACUUAUGAGUUGCUGCUCUUGAUGUCUAGGCAAUCAUGUCAGUGUUAAAAAUUUUCGCAAUAAUUAAACUAAAGUGUUUGUAAACAUUUCAUACAUAGAAGCUGUAACCCUGAUAAUGAAGUUUUUUAUGAUAAAAUAAAUUGCUUUGUCUGCUUUGUAUAA